ACAGUUCGCGAAUACAACAACAACAUUUUAUUUACUUCCGCUUUUUGAUCUCAGGGUCACUUUGGAGAGUUAUGUCUUUUUUGUAUCGAAACGUGAUCAGGGUAGCAGAUAAGUUUGUUCCGGCAGGUUUACAGUCGACAUGGAAUCAUCCAGCAGGACCAAAGACAAUUUUCUUCUGGGCCCCCACUAUGAAAUGGUGUCUCGUUAUUGCUGGUAUUGGUGACAUGUCUAGACCGGCAGAAAAACUCAGUGUAACACAGUCAUCAGCCUUAGCUGCUACAGGUUUGAUCUGGUCUCGUUAUUCUCUUGUGAUAACACCAAAGAACUGGAAUCUUUUCUGUGUAAAUAUUUUUGUGGCAGCAACAGGGUUAUACCAGUUGGCUAGAAUAUACAACUAUCACCAGAAGUUGAAGGAAGUAGAAUCACACCAUCAUGUAAAAUAAGGAAUCCAGCAGAUAAGAUAAUUGUACAGUAAUGUGAUGGAUAGUGGAUACAGACUACAAGAUAUUAUUGUGAAUGUUUCUGUUAAAUACCAUGUAUGAAAUAUGCUGAUAUUUUAUCACAGAGUCACAGAUGACGUUUCUGAUGUUUAACUGAAGCUAAUUGUUUUUGUUUUAAAUAAAUAGCCAGAAUGACCCAUAAAACAAAUUGCAAUAUAUAUA